ACACUUUAUCUUCCUACCGUUAAAAUAAUGUGAACUUGCACACCUGGCUUUAAAUAUAAGUGAUUGAUAGUGGGAUUUGAAAGAUUUAAUUGUCUUCCGGUAAGUGAGCAGCAAUAACACAGCAUCCAAUAUGGAACUUUUCAACGUCAAAAGCAUCUGCUUAUUCCUUUCAUUGAUUGUCUUGGGUCGUUCACAACUUGAAGAGAAAUGUCCUACGACUAACAUAUGGCCAUGCACCUGCAAAACUUACCUAGAUGGCGCUUGCAUUAUUACAUGCAGUUUGGCCACGCAAGAACAAGUCGAUAAGAUAGCAGAUAUUCCCAAUCUUUGUGACGGUGACGUCCACUUUAUGUUGGUGCACAGCAAAAUUUCGGGAAUAUCUUCAAAACUGUGGAAGGUACUGCUCUCGUCAAAAACAGUGGAUGUGUCCAUAAAACGUGCUACUGUUGAAGGACUGGUGCGUCCUGGAGAUGAAUCAAUACCUAGUGUAUAUACACCUGGAGCUGCAGUGAUCAAGGUAGAUCAUUCAAAAGUUGAAAACUUUAACUGGAAGCAAUUCAGCAAAUUUUAUUCAGAGGGAGAAUUGACGAUUGUUGUGGAGGACACUCAUCUAACAGAGCUGACACCAGAAUUUGGUGAAAUUGCCAGUGGGCAGGUGGAGAAAGUGGCAAUUGAGAGUGCAGGGCUGAAAGUCAUCCGCGACCAUCAGUUUGAACCAUUUGCUGACCUCGAAUCUCUCUCUCUUCAGAAUAACGAGCUAACAUCCAUUUCAAGAUCAAUUCUUGCAAAACCAGCAAAAAAAUUACAAUUUCUCCAUCUUAAUGGCAAUUCCUUAACUUCAAUACCAGUUGAUUUAUUUUCGGAUAUGCCUGCUUUAGAAGUGGUUUAUCUAAGAGAGAACAAUUUAGUUACCCUACCUCAAGAUCUCUUUUCUUCCAUUUCUUCGCCAAAUUUGCAGAGGAUAGAUUUUGUCAAUAAUCCAUGGCAUUGUGACUGCAGGUUAAUGUGGAUUCUAAAAAAUUCGAAAUAUCAUUUAAAUAUGGGUAUUUGUGCCACUCCAGAUUCGUUAGCUGGCAAAAAAAUUAAAUCAAACAUGCUGGAAUGUUAAUCAUAACAGAACUUAUACGCAACAGAGCAUAUUAUGUCACGGUAUAAUUAGGACCAAAAAAAAUUUAAUAAAGCAUAUUUGUAGUGUCA